ACACACACACACACACACACAGACACCCUUGACACACACACCCCCCUGACACACACACACACACACACACACAGCUCAUGAAGACGAGUCUUCACUUCUGCCUCUGACCACUGAGACCGAAGCAGCUGACCUCAGCACCGGGACAUCAGAUACACAAUGUUUCCCAAUGCCUCUGUGCCUCUUCUCACCACCAAGACGUCCAAGAAUGGUGAGGCAACGACUGUGGACAUUGACGCCAUCAUGGACAAUGUCAGCAUCGUCCUCUACACACUGACCGUGGUGCUCGGCAUCACGGGGAACUCUGUGGUGAUCUGGGUGGCCGGAUUCAAACUCAAGCCGAAGGUCACCAACGUGUGGUUGGUAAAUCUGGCGAUAGCAGACCUGAUUUUCUGCUUCACACGAGUCCUCUCCCUCACUAAGAAGCUCUUCUUCGACCACUGGCCCUUCGGCGUCUUCCUCUGCAAGUUCAACGGUUUCUUCAAGUACGCCAACAUGUUCUGCUCUGUGUUUCUGUUGGCCAUCAUCAGCUUGGACCGAGCGCUCUGCGUCUGGCAUCCAGUUUUCACAAAGAGGCGGCGCACCCUGUUCGUUGCAAGGGUGGUGGCGGUCUGCGUGUGGAUCACUGCGAUCAUCUUCAGCACGCCGUACUUCAUCUAUCGCCAUAUCCACUUGAAGAACAACCUGACCAAGUGUUCUUUGGACGCGAGUGUAGGUCUCUACUCCCUCCGCUUCCUGUGUGGCUUCAUGUUACCUUUCAUUGUCAUCCUCAUCUGUUACAUCGUGGCUGGGAUUGGCAUCCGACGCACGCGCCUGUCAGGGAAGUCGCGCCCACUACGUAUAUUAGCAUCGUUAGUCGUCGCCUUCUUCAUCUGCUGGGCGCCAUACCACUGCCUCCUGCUGGUGAAGAUGGUGAAUAAAACAAACCUAGUGGUGAAGAUCUGGCACCCGGUGGCGUCCGGCAUUGCUUUCUUUAACAGCUGCGUGAACCCGCUGCUGUACUUCUGCAUGGGGCUGGAUGUGAGAGGGCGGUUCAGGCAGAGUCUGGCAGGCGUGUACAAGAGAGCUCUUGCGGAGGACAUAGACGGACAGACAACCCAGUCCAACGAACGCAGUUUGGACGACAGCAGCGGGUCCAAACAAAGUACUGUCGUGGUGUCGGGAAGGAGUCGGACAACAGUGGAUGUAGCUAAAGUUUGAGUUCCCUCCAGAAAUCUUUGAGCGUUGAAGAUGUUAGUUCUUUGUACCACUAAUAUAUUGUAUGUUCAUAUUUAUAAAAAGUUUUUAUUGUAGUUGUACAAACUAGGGAUGGCUCGAUGCAACUUUUUCAAGUCCGAUACCGAUAUCAAUCCGAUACCUUCUCUUCUCCUCUGUUGUUAAUAAUACAUAGUUUGUAUAGAAGUUCUUUGCUUAGUAUGGACAUCUAAAACCAGCACGUUCAAACUGUGCAACAAAUAUUCUUGAGCCCACGAUUUGCCUGAAGCCAUAAGCUCCAGAUUUAGGAGGGACAUCGCACACGCAUCAAUCAUUUCAAAAUGAACUCACACCUCUUUGUACUUUAGUGGUACAGCCGUGUCAGAAAUAAAAUGACGAUUUGGCAACUGAUAACGAGGCUCCGAAUGUUCAACCAAACGUGGUUGGUCAUGUAACAAAAUAAAUUCGAUGACUUCCUCCGUAACACCUUUGCUUUGUUGCUCUGUGUGUCUCUGUUUACGGCAUGUCGCGCAAAGUUAAGUUGAGCAUUUGGGCUUAAGGUAUCGGAUCGGACGGGCGAUUUUUUUUCUAUGUUCGAUCCUGAAAUUUUGACCAAUAUCGGACCGAUACCAAUCCCGAGUGUCGGAUCGAGCCAUGCCUAGUACAAACACUGGUAGAUGAAGUCGGUGUAAAAAGGUUAAACUGAUUCACUUCCUUUCACCUGUUGAGUUCAAUUUAAGGUGUACAGAGAUUUAAAAUGAACUUGACAUCGUCUGUUAUGAUCACAUGGUCAUUCAGUUGCUACUUACUAAUUUUCUGCAGGAAACAGCAAAAGGAAAAAAAAAAUGUUUGAGAGUUUUUUUUAAAGAAGCCUCUGAGCCUUUCACAUGAAAUAAAGACUAAUAAAUAAAAUCAUGAAUCAUGUUAUAAUGUGAAAAUUUGAACAACAUAAGAAAGAACUUGUUUAAAGUUUUCACAUUAAAACAUCAAUCAAUAGUAUCGUCCUCCUGUGUAUUGUUGUUCAUGUUACUGUAAGUGUUAUUUCCUUCUCAGGCUGAAUUUUAAAGGUCAUAAAAUGUUGUCGAUAUUCAAAGUAUUUUUUGUUUUGAACGGCUGUGCUGAAACUGAUUAGAUAUCGUGUUGAUAUACUGAGGUCUGAGUUAUGUCUGGCAGCAUGUGAUUGAAGUCUCAUAUGAAAAGUGGAACUGUGGUGAGUCUGUGGUGGAUCUAGAGGGACAGGAAGGACGACAGAGGGAAGUGAGACUAUUUAAAGAAAAACCCAGUGACGACUUCAGUCUGACACUGUCUGCUGUUCAGAGGUCAUCCAAACUGCACUGACAGUAAUCUGUCACCUUCCUCACUUUGUGCUGCUCAAAAGGUUUUCAUCACUUUUAACCAAAGCAAAGAAAUGGGCAGUUUAUGGCUUUAGUGCGCCACAUGCAAACGGAUAAUAAAAUCAAACCAGUACAGAGAACAUCAGUCCUUAGCAACCAGUUCAUAAAACACAGCUGUCCUUGCCCUGUGUCUUACUGACACAUCACUCAGAGACGUGGCUGUUUAUCUUGAACUCGUUGUUGUAGUGAAAAGCAGGUUUUAUGGUGGAGAACAUUUAAUGAAUGUGAGCUCACCACAGUGACAGAUAACAAGCGUACUUGUACUUUUCUGUGACACAAUAUAAAAUGUAAAUACCACAAUAACAAGCGUGAAAAUAAAAGCUUUUAAAGUUACAAAUUA